GACGGCAAGGGUUGCGGGUGGAGCGGCCGCCUAGCUCUGAUAAGAAGAAGCGCCGUCUAGGCGGGCGAGAUUGAACUCUUACCAGACCCGGUUCCGAGCGAGGCCCGAAGACCGGAGACAUCGCGCGCCUUUUCUCGCACUCGGGAAAGAUCGCGUGUGCUCCUCCCCCGCCCGGGCCACUCCACAACCUUCAUUUCACAAUUCAAGAAGGGCAACUUCCCCUCGCUCGUCGUUCACUUCCACUAGGGGUUCACUCACUCUUUCCUCUCAGAAGCUUACUCCAUCCACCAGUAAAAGAUCGCUCAAGCAACCAUGGGUGCCGACGACUACUCCCCCCCUUCGACAGACAUCAUCACACUUACGAGGCACGUCCUCAAUGACGGCUUCAACCUCGCAAAGAGCAGCGCGGCGUCGGGUGACCUAACGAUCCUCCUCGCCUCGCUGCAGACGACGUGCAAAUUUAUUGAGUCCAAUGUCCGGAAGGCCAGUUUGAUCAACCUAAUCGGGGCCGCAGGCAACACCAACGUGCAGGGCGAGGACCAGAAGAAGCUCGAUGUCCUCUCCAACGAGAUCAUGAUCAAUGCCCUGCGUGCCUCUGGCAAGGCCGCCGUGCUCGUCUCGGAGGAGAAUGACGAGGCCAUCUUUGUCGGCGAAAAGCAGAGCGGGUCUUCGUUUGAGACGAACAAGGGCAAGUACUGCGUCGUCUUUGACCCCUUGGACGGAUCGAGCAACAUCGACGCCGGUGUCAACAUCGGAACCAUCUUUGGCAUCUACCUCGUCAAGGACGGCUCCAAGGGCGACCUCUCUGAUGUGCUCCGACCGGGCAAGGAGAUGGUGGCGGCGGGCUACUGCAUGUACGGAUCCUCGGCCAACCUCGUCUUGACGACGGGAAACGGUGUCAACGGCUACACACUCGACAACCAGAUUGGUGAAUUCAUUCUCACUCACCCAAACAUUCGUCUGCCCGAGCGCGGAAAGAUCUACUCGAUCAACGAGGGAAACUCGGCCUACUACCACGAGCCCGUGCUCAAGUACCUGGACAGCAUCAAGUUCCCCAAGGAGGGAUCGUCAAAGAAGCCCUACAGCGCACGGUACAUUGGCUCCAUGGUCGCAGACGUCCACCGCACGCUCCUCUACGGCGGCAUCUUUGGCUACCCGGAUGACAAGAAGAGCAAGAGCGGCAAGCUCAGGAUGCUCUACGAGGCUUUUCCAAUGUCUUUUCUCACUGAGCAAGCCGGCGGUGUGGCCACGACGGGUACCCAGCGCAUCCUCGACAUUCAGCCCACCGAGAUCCACCAGCGAUGCCCCGUCUUCCUCGGCUCGAAGGGUGACGUGGAAGACUUGAUGAGUUUCUACAAGCAGCAGUAGUAGUAGUAGAGCAGCAAUGGAAUACAAGAUCCAGGAAGCGAAGAAGCUUCUGACAUACAAUCUUUUGUGAAUGCUAAGCCAAUCCAUCCCUGUACUGCACAAACGCCAGUGCGUUCUCGGCCGUCUCUUCCAUCAUGGCUCUGAGCCUAGGUGUCUUUCGCUUAUCAAUGCUCUUUACCAC